GAGUUAUCUAAUUUUGCUUGCGGAGCCGGAGAAAUGUGGAUGAAAAAAGGCUGAAAUAUGGCACCUUCCUUCAGUAAAUUCAUCUUUAGUCGUACCACAGCAGGUUCAGUUGUAGCAGGAUUCUUGAUUUAUAAUGCUGUGAAGUCUAGAAACAAACGCAUACUCCGGAAUAAGAGUGCUGCCAAUUUGCAAGCUGUUAUACAGAAAAAUGACAAAGAUAAAUCAAAGAAAGACCGAGCUGCUGUGGAUGGACAGUUCUUCAGACGGCUGUUUCGUAUUCUGCGUAUAAUUGUCCCUGGUUGGUUCAGCAAAGAGGCUGGGUACUUAGCUUUGGUAGCACUUUCUCUCAUAGCUCGGACAUACUGUGAUGUAUGGAUGAUACAGAAUGGAACAGCCAUUGAAAGUUCCAUCAUUGGGCGUGAUGUCAACUUGUUCAAGAAGCAUUUGUUUAACUUUAUCACAGCAAUGCCAGUGAUUUCUCUUGUCAACAACAUAUUGAAGUAUGGACUGAAUGAGCUGAAGCUGAGAUUCAGGACCCAGUUGACCAGUCAUCUUUACUCUCGCUACCUCAAGGGAUUCACCUACUACAAGAUGAGUAACUUGGACAACAGGAUAGCGAACGCAGACCAGCUCCUUACGCAAGACGUAGAGAAGUUCUGCAACAGUGUGGCUGAACUCUACUCAAACUUGAGCAAGCCUAUUUUAGAUAUUGUGAUCUACGUUAGAGAGUUGACCAACACAAUUGGCGCACAGGGUCCAGGGUUUAUGCUGCUUUAUCUUGCCUUCUCAGGUCUUGUUCUUACAAGAUUAAGGAGACCCGUAGGUAAGAUGACUGUACAGGAGCAGCAGUACGAGGGCGAGUUCAGAUUCGUCAAUUCUCGUCUCAUCACAAACAGCGAGGAGAUUGCCUUCUACCAGGGUAACAAACCUGAGCAGAGAACCAUCAACAAAACAUUCAAGAAACUGGUGGAUCAUCUACACAACUUUAUCUUCUUCAGAUUCUCCAUGGGUUUUGUGGAUAACAUCAUUGCAAAAUAUGUUGCUACUGUAGUAGGGUACAUGGUAGUGAGUCGUCCUUUCCUGAACCUGGCUCAUAAACCCUUCCUUUCCAUGUCACAUACACAGAUGAUGGAGCACUACUAUAGGGCCGGCAGAAUGCUGGUGCGUUUAGCUGAGGCUAUCGGUCGCAUGAUCCUAUCGGGGCGAGAAAUGACAAGACUUGCAGGGUUCACCCAGAGAGUGACUGAACUGAUGACUGUCCUAGAAGAUCUCAACCAAGGACGCUAUGAGAGAACAAUGGUCAGGGAAGAGAAAGAUUCAGACAGUGAAGAUGACAGAGAGCCAUUAGUACCGGGUAGUGGUCAGCUCAUACAUGCUGAUAACAUUAUCAAAUUUGAGCAGGUGCCGUUGGUGACCCCUAACGCUGACAUACUGGUCAGGGAGAUGACCUUUGAGGUACCCUCAGGGGACAAUGUCCUCGUCUGUGGACCCAAUGGAUGUGGAAAGAGCUCCCUCUUCAGGACACUUGGAGAACUUUGGCCAUUGUUUGGAGGCAAACUCACCAAGCCAGAAGGAAGGAAACUGUUCUAUGUGCCACAGAGGCCUUACAUGACGAUUGGCACAUUGCGUGAUCAGAUCAUCUACCCUGAUAUCAAAGAAGACAUGAUCAAGAAGGGAGUCACUGACAAAGAUAUUGAAGAGAUGAUAGAGAAGGUUCAGCUUGCUAAUCUCCUAGAGCGUGAAGGAUCAUGGGAUGCAGUCCAGGAUUGGAUGGAUGUACUGAGUGGAGGGGAGAAGCAAAGAGUAGCUAUGGCUAGAUUGUUCUACCAUAAGCCUCAGUUUGCUAUCCUAGACGAGUGCACCAGUGCUGUGUCUGUGGAUGUAGAGGGGUAUAUCUACACACAUGCAAGGGAAGUGGGCAUCACACUCUUCACCGUAUCACACAGGAGGUCUCUAUGGAAAUAUCACGAGUACUAUCUGAUGUUCGAUGGACGCGGUUCGUACGAAUUCAAGAAAAUAGAUCAGGACACGGUGGAAUUUGGAUCAUGAGUGAAGCACAAUUGAAGAUACCAUCUAUAUGAUUAUAUUAUAAUUUUGUAUGUUCUUUUUACGUCGUUGAUGUCCGACGUGUUUGAUCCUCUCAUUUGAUUUGAAGAGAUGUAAUUUGAUACAAGAUCAAAUCAUACCAACACAAAGACCAUGAACAAUUUCAUUUGAUUUAUCUCAAAAUGAUUUGUGGGAGUUUAUUUUUGAAGAUUGUCAAAGCGUACAUGUAAUCAGAGCUGCCAACCAUUCUGUUUUUGCCGGAAUUACUCUGUUUUUUCCUCCAAAUUUUCUUCAUAAAA